CCGCUUCCUUUCUCUCCCUGGGCCUCUGCGAGGUGGCAGGUCCGGGCCAAGGGCCUCUGUUGAAUCCGCCGCCAUCCUCCGUCCCCCGCGGGAGCUCGAGCCUUCUCAGCCGCCGUCAUGACGGAGCAGAUGACCCUGCGCGGGACCCUCAAGGGCCACAACGGCUGGGUCACCCAGAUCGCCACCACCCCGCAGUUCCCCGACAUGAUCCUCUCCGCCUCGCGGGAUAAGACCAUCAUCAUGUGGAAAUUGACCCGGGAUGAAACCAAUUACGGGAUCCCCCAGCGGGCCUUGCGGGGCCAUUCCCACUUUGUCAGCGACGUAGUGAUUUCUUCAGAUGGGCAGUUUGCUCUCUCUGGCUCUUGGGAUGGCACUCUUCGCCUCUGGGACCUUACCACAGGCACCACCACUCGGCGCUUUGUGGGCCACACCAAGGAUGUUCUGAGUGUAGCAUUCUCUUCUGACAACCGUCAGAUUGUCUCUGGCUCCAGGGACAAAACCAUCAAGCUCUGGAACACUCUGGGUGUCUGCAAAUAUACUGUGCAGGAUGAAAGCCACUCUGAGUGGGUGUCCUGUGUGCGUUUCUCCCCCAACAGCAGCAACCCCAUCAUUGUCUCCUGUGGCUGGGACAAGCUGGUGAAGGUGUGGAACUUGGCCAACUGCAAACUGAAGACCAACCACAUCGGGCACACAGGCUACCUGAAUACCGUGACAGUCUCCCCUGAUGGUUCCCUGUGUGCUUCAGGUGGCAAAGACGGUCAGGCCAUGUUGUGGGACUUGAAUGAAGGCAAGCAUCUGUACACGCUGGAUGGCGGGGACAUCAUCAAUGCCUUAUGCUUCAGCCCCAACCGCUACUGGCUCUGUGCAGCCACUGGGCCCAGCAUCAAGAUCUGGGAUUUGGAAGGCAAGAUCAUUGUUGAUGAACUCAAGCAGGAGGUGAUCAGCACCAGCAGCAAGGCAGAGCCUCCACAGUGCACCUCAUUGGCCUGGUCGGCUGAUGGACAGACUCUGUUUGCUGGUUACACAGAUAACCUGGUUCGCGUCUGGCAAGUCACUAUUGGAACAAGAUGAGAAAAUACCACAAGGCACACGUUAUAAUUAUGUUCAAAAAAUUAAUAAAAAAAAUUGUGCUGAAA